AUGACUCAACUGCUACUACCGAAAAGAACAGAGAGGAAUGACACAGGACAGGCCCCUGACAAACAGUCACCAAGUUCCGUCGGAAUUGUUUUCACACAAGAAGGGUUUUGCUCUGCAUCUUCAAUGUUCAAUCUUCAACACCUGACACCAAUUCUCAACCUCUCUAUUGGAAAGUCACAAACCCAACACUUUGUCCUUCUCAUCUCCAAGCCGGGGUUUACUCGCAGUGUGUAUAAAAGAGACCAUGCUUUAAUCACACCAGAAAGUCAUGUCUUCAGCCCUUUACCCUAUUGGACUAAUACACUGGGAGCAUAUCUAAUAUCUCCGGCAAUGGGAUCUCACUUUGUCAUGUAUUUAGCAAAGAUGCAAGAAAAUUCAAAGUCAGAGCUCUCUCCAAGUGAUGUUGAGAGGUGUGAAUGCUUUUCUGGAUCUGUUUGUUAUGCAGUAGACAUUCUUUAUGUUGCCUUCUUUAUGUUUGCCUGGUUCAUAUUUGUGCUUCAGGGUACUCUGACACUCAACAACGUAUCUGGCAUUAGCCACAAACUAGUAGUGGAUUCAUAUGCAUAUCUACCUCUGAAUUUAGAACAUUCCUUCGACUCUGAUGCAUCUGCUUCUCUUGUUGUAUUUGAAAGAAGAAGUUUCCCUUCUUUUAGGUAUGCCUACCUGGAAAAUCAUAAUACUGAGCAAAUUGUUGGAUCAACAGACAAGCAGCCCCUUCUUGAAACUCCUGGCGAAGUCAUGGAUUUUCAACCUGGAGAAUUUCUUAAUGUGAAGGAGGUGCAUUAUAAUGAGCACGGUUUGUUGCUUUUGGGGGGGCAGGGUGUUUAUCGCCCAGGGGAUAGCUGUUGUAUUCCUGCAACAGGUAUCCCGUUUAAGCUGGUGAUGCUAUUUGGAUGGCGCCGUUUGUAUCUCAGUGGUAAAUGAGGGAUAUUUGACCCGAGUUUCUUCCUCCGGGAAUGCCAAUUGAUACAAACACUGAUUGUCCUAAAAUCUUCAGGUAUGCUGGGCUUGGUAAAACCCGGGCAUGCUAUCUGUUGUACAAAGACGUAA